CGGGUUCUGGGUGUGGUCGGAGAGAGCGAGCGGGCGGGUGGCUGUGCCGCUGUCAUUGACUAACGGUGCAGCUGGAGCGGUUACUAAUACAACUCAGAGCCGCUGUUAUCACCAAGAGACAGACAAUCAGAACCUAAGGCCAUGAUUCGACACUGAGAAGCGAUUCGGAGAAUAGCGACAGGAAAUCCCGGCACGAUAUCGGCGAGUGCGGAGGGCCGGAGCCGCGGCCACCCCUUCUCAGAUCUGCUUCCUGAUAGUCUGUGGACAUUUGCUGUCAAGCCACGACAAUGAGUGAACUGGAACAGUUACGGCAAGAAGCAGAGCAAUUGCGGAAUCAAAUUAGGGAUGCAAGAAAAGCAUGUGGUGAUUCCACCUUAGCACAGAUCACAGCUGGGCUGGAUUCAGUUGGUCGAAUUCAAAUGCGUACAAGGCGAACAUUAAGGGGACAUUUGGCAAAAAUCUAUGCCAUGCAUUGGGGAUCAGACUCCAGGCUUCUAGUUAGUGCAUCUCAAGAUGGAAAGUUAAUCAUCUGGGACAGUUAUACAACAAAUAAAAUGCACGCUAUCCCUUUACGAUCAUCAUGGGUUAUGACUUGUGCAUAUGCUCCAUCGGGAAACUAUGUUGCUUGUGGUGGGCUGGACAACAUCUGUUCAAUAUACAGCUUGAAAACGAGGGAGGGCAAUGUUCGAGUGAGCAGGGAACUGCCAGGGCAUACAGGUUACUUAUCGUGUUGUCGCUUUCUGGAUGAUAAUCAGAUUGUUACAAGCUCAGGAGAUACCAGCUGUGCAUUAUGGGACAUUGAAACUGGUCAUCAAACUACCAUGUUUUCAGGACACACUGGGGAUGUAAUGAGUCUCACGCUUAGUCCUGAUAUGCGAAUUUUUGUUUCUGGUGCAUGUGAUGCUUCUGCCAAACUCUGGGAUAUUAGAGAUGGAAUGUGUAGACAGUCAUUCACUGGACAUGUAUCUGAUAUUAAUGCAGUUUGUUUCUUCCCUAAUGGAAAUGCAUUUGCCACUGGAUCAGAUGAUGCCACUUGCAGACUGUUUGACCUCCGAGCGGACCAGGAGCUGAUGAUGUAUUCCCAUGAUAACAUUAUUUGUGGGAUUACAUCAGUUGCAUUUUCCAAAAGUGGUCGCCUCUUGUUGGCAGGCUAUGAUGACUUUAAUUGCAAUGUUUGGGACUCCUUGAAAGGAGACCGUGCAGGAGUGCUUCCUGGACAUGACAAUCGUGUCAGCUGUUUAGGUAUCACUGAUGAUGGAAUGGCUGUGGCAACAGGAUCAUGGGACAGUUUCCUAAAGAUCUGGAAUUGAAGAAAUGUCAACUGAAUAUCCUUCACUAUGACUGAGUUCCUAAGAUGCAGUUAAUGGCAAUGAAAUAACAUUCUUUUUACCUAGUAUUUGCAGGUGUUUUUUUUUCUAUAAAUGAAUACAAUUGUAUAACAAAGCUUCUGUAAAGUAGGCAAAUCCUGAAAGCUGUUAAAUUUUAAAAGGAGCCAGCACAUGUAACUAUGUUAGCUAAGAAAAUAUUUCAAACUAACCAUUUAGUUUUAAUGGCUGAAUUGUUUGGAGGGUCUAUUGGUCGUUCUAAAUCUGCUAACUAUUGUUUUGUACAUAUGGAAUGUACACAUUCUAGCAGUUAAUCAUGUAACAUCUGUCUAUGUAAAAAAAAAAAUCACAUUUUUAAAACUAGGUUUCUAUCUUUGCCUGUAUUUGAGGCAUCACUCUUUGACUCCAGUGAUGGAUAAAUUGAUUGCUGUUGACAUUUUUUUUUCUUGUGAAUUAACUUAUUGUGAAAAAAUUAAGUUCAGUUAUAUGGCUUUUUUUUUGCAGCAGUUUUUAAGUUAUAAAAAACAUUCCAUUUGUAUGCUUUGUUUUGUAAAUGCAUAUGUGCUGUUUAACCGUACACAGAUGUACAGAAGAAGCAGGAUCCAUUAUGUUAAAGUUGCACAUUUGUAAUAACACUUUUUUAUCUAAUAUAUUGCACCCAGAACACACCCCUCCCAAAAAAUAUUACUUGGUUAUGGUGAAGCUUAUGGCAGCCCAUGGGUCUUGGUAGGAUCUUUCUCAGUUUUUCUGUGAAGGGUAGCAUCUGGACAGGGAUAAGGAAAAUAAAUAAUGAGAGGGGGAGAUAUGUAUGCAUUUUCCAGCAGAAGCAGCAAGUUCACGAUUGAGAGGAACUGUUUCUGCAUUCCUUCCAUUCAAACAGCUACCAUCCAAAAACAAAUUUCUGUUUGGAACAUUCUGCAAUUUGAAGAGAUUCCUUCCCUGAUUCAUUUGACUUGAUAUAAUGAAUUUAGUUGCUGAUUUUUUUUUUGUUGGGGUGGGGGAGCAGGUUUCAAAAAAUACCAUUCUUCCUCACUAAAUGUCAGUGUUGUGUAGACUUCUUAAUGUAAUAAAUAGCUUUUUUCCAACAUGCUUCAAUGACAAUUUAGGAGGUAAUUAGUUAUUCUAAAUUACUAAAUCAUUUUGAAGCAUGAGUAAUUACAACUGAUCAUGAAGUCCAGAGUUUACAUUUUGAUUUACUGAAAUUUGUCAGCUCUGCUUUAAGAUCAACAGCAACAAGAGGGGUUCUGAGGAGGGGUCGUUUGACCUGAAAUGUUAACUGAUUUUUCUCCACAGAUCCAGCCAGAUCUGCUGAGCUUUUCCAGCAAUUUGUUUUUCUGAUUUACAGCAUCCACAGUUCUCUUUUUUUUAACAUCAAGGUUUUGAAUUGUUGAGUCAAUAUCAUUGUCUUGAAUUAGAAUGUUAUGACUAACCCCUUUAAAGUUGUUGAGCAGUCUUGGGUGUAAUUUGAAAGAUAUAAACCACAUAAAUCUAAUAUUUAGCUUUCUUUACUGAAGAUACCAGUGUUAUUGGUGCACCAAUGUGAACAAGUUGCAUUGAUUUGAGGUCAGUUUUAAAGCUUUGGGACCAACAAACACUAAUCAAGUUAAUGCAGAAGUAAUCCGUUUCCUCCAGAACAGCAGCUUUGGAUGAAAUUUUCUUUUAAGAGUAAUUAUUAUGUAUGCCGUUUCUUAAAGUCAGGCCAGUAUUAUGUUUUGCAGAUGUAUUUAAAAUUUAAAUAGCCUUUAGACAAAUUUUUUGUAAUAACUUUCAAUCCAGUAAUGGCCCUAAUCACAAUAGAUCUGAUAACUAUUUUGUACAGAUACACUUAGCUCUUCCAGGUAACAUUUGGAUUAAAUGAGUUUGAAAGUGUUAUGUAAUUAAUUUGGACACCAAGAUCAAGCAUUUGGUUUAAACCGUUUAAAUGGUGUGAAGCCUUUGUGAAUCAAUGUGCCCUACAUUCAAGUAUAGAACUUCAGUUUGAAGUGUAUAUUUUUGACCUGGAGGUUUUAAAAUAGGCUUUUAACCUUUAACAAUUAGAAAAGGUAUUAGCCAAACUUUGAAACAAAUAAUUAACUCUUAUGAGUAUUAUAUGUACAUCAUAGCCCAAGUAUAAAACCAACUUAAUGACUUAAGUAAUCUGUGACAUGCCUUUUAGUUUUUGAAGUCUGUAGUCAAGCAAACUGUACAGCUGAUGAUUAUUUGGCUUUGUUUGUAUGUCCUGCAGUGAAUGUGCAAAUGGAAGUUUAUUGAAUGAGGGGUUAAAUUUGGAUCAGUUCAACUUAAAUAUUGAAAAGCCUGGAUGUUGCCAAUUUAGAUUUUCACCUAGAAAGUGGAAAUGUGUACUUAUGAUUUUAAUUGCAAUGCAUAAGCUUACAUUAUUUCCUCAAGCUCAUUGCUUUGGGGGACAUCUGAAGAUUCAGGAUAGAAAUAACAUCUUGGAUCUAAUUAGUUGUACUCUAAACAAGCCAACAAAAACAAUACCUUGGGCCUUCAAGUGGAUAUCUACAGUGUAAAAUAAUAUGUGGAAUAUACAUGCAGUUGUGUACUUUGCUAUUAAAUUCAGUAUUAAAAUUAUUGGUCUGAAGUGCAAAACCAGGUGUUCAGCCUGUACAAUACCAAACUUCAGCUGGUAUUUAAAUGUUUUUCUCUCUGGUUACAGUAUUAACACCAGUUUUGUAAUACUGGACUGCCUUUGGAUUUUGUAUUAAAAUAAGAAACUUAAGUUUUCUUCUGCAGCCAAUAAAACCAGCAACUUGUGCCAUGUGGUUUCUUCUAUUGUGCUACUGUAUAAAACGAUCAUCAUUUUGUAUCUUUAUUGUCUGAUUUCACAUCAACUUCCUUUGUAUUUGUACAGUGGCUCAGUGAAACUAAUGUUGCGAUAAGUUGAUUGUAACUGAUAAAUGCUUUUAACCAAGUCUA